AUGACCAGAGAGUAUACUGCUGCUGAUGGAAUAUUACUGUUAAUAUAUUCCCUCAACAAUGGACCUGCCCAUGGUACCGGAGUGAAAAAAUUAUCAGAAACAGCAAGAAACUUACUAGGACAUGACUUGCCUCCAGCCGUGGUGGUUAGAGCUGCAAGUUAUUUGAAUAAUCUUUAUGGGAAUUAUCCAACAAGAAGUGACAUUGCCCCUUCGAUUGUAUUCUGUGUUAUAUUUUUCGUUAUUGGGAUUUGUCAUUUAACAUUAUUUUUGGUCAAUUUUUCAAGGGGUCAUUUUUUUUAUAUUUCAUUUUUAUGGUUUUUAUAUGGUAUGGGUAAAACCAUAGGGUUUGCAUUGAGAGCCGUUUGGGCCACAGACGUUACUUUGGUUGAUACUGGUAUCGCAGGUGAAGUCUUUUUGAUUAUUUUUGCUGUGUUUUUAACCACCAUCAAUUUGAUCUUGGCUCAAAGAUUAUUCAGUUGGAGACAUCCAGUAGGUGGUGCUAGAAGAUUAUUCAAUUACACCAUGUUUGCCUUGUAUUGUUUGGUUGCUUUAGUUGUGGUUUUAACCAUUGUAUCUUCAGCUGUUCCUUAUCUUUAUUAUUUGAGUGCAAGAGCAUACAGAAAUUACCAAAUUUGUGUCAUGACUUCAGCUGUUUUGAUUUUCUUAUAUUCAUUAACGGCUGUCUCAUUGUUAGCCUUGUCUUAUUUCUUCAAACCAACUAGAAAAGAUGAAAACUUAUAUACUUAUCAACCAUGGUGGAUUGAAUCAUUCAGUCCAUUUUACUUUGUUAAAAAGAACGCAGCAAGGGAUGCAGAAGAAACAUUCAUGAAGAGAAAUCAUAAUCAUCGUCAUGCUAUAAGAGUUAUUGCUGCUACUCAUCAUCAUUAUAAUAUGGUUGAAGGGUUAACUAAUCAAAGAGGUACUUUAGAACAUAACAAAUCUAUUAUCAUCGUCACCAUCACUACAUUAUUAACUAUGGCAGAAGCCGUUUUGAGAGGUAUAGUAUGUUUCCAGACAGACCAAGCUUGGGUAAACCGUCCAUUAGCCAGACCUAUAGUUGCAUAUAUGACAUGGGGUGUGGCUGAGGUUUUAGUUAACGUUUUGUAUUUGGUAGGAAGAGUCGAUUUAAGAUUCUACAGACCAGAUAUAUUACCAGCUAGAGUCAGGGCAAUUAUUACGGCCGAGCAAAGUUUCUUUGCAUCAAGAAAUCAAUCAAGACAUGCAUCUCAACAAGUUUCCGAUGUUGAAAGUGAUGAAGAAGUCUCUGAUUUCGAAUUUGAAUCUCCAUCAUCAUCCCCUAUUUCUUCCAAAGCAGAACCUCCUCAUUAUGCUAGAGAUGAAAAGAAAUACGAAACCUCAUCAGAUAAUGAAUCGGAAUUUAAUUUUUAA